AAUUCUAUCGUCAAUCGUACCCCUUCGUUGAUACCGCAACCUGCUUAAAAAGUACUUAAUACUAUUAUCUUUAAACGAUCCCUUGGAUAAGCAGACUAAGCAGUGCACAAUUACGUAAUGGUGACAUCGAAUUGUAUUUGCAGUAAACUUAUGGUAGUCAUACAGACUCGAAGUUAAAAUGUUUCAUUCUUAUUACGUUUCCCAAAAUUUCAUUAAAAUAAAUAACGGCGAAUGGAUUUCGCGAUCGGCAGCGCUAUCUUUGCUGCGCAGCUGAUUAAAGCGCAGAUGUCAGCUUUGCCACGGUUCGGCUUGUUCGGUUGUUGUUCUCUCUCUGGCAGCUGGCUAUUAAUCAGCAUUGAGCAGCGUUUAGAAUUUCUUAUUUCUUCCUGUCUUCCAAUCUUCCUUUUUUUAUUUUUUGUAAAUAGUGCUCUAAUGUGGAAUUUUUUGGAAGCUCAGAGCUGUGACAAAUACCAUUUUAAUUAUUUUAAGUACAAGUGUUCGGGGACUGUAAGAGACUUAUUAAGUAAAAGGAUUGCGGACUGUAACGUCGACUUUGUGAAAUUGGGGAAUCCCCUAACUGCAUCUGUGAGUGUGAUGCGUCGAAUUUUUAUUUGCCAUUUUCUUCUGGACUCAUUGUGCCGAUAUUAAUAAUUUAUAAACAUGUCUUCCGAAGCUAGUCAGCUCAUCCGCUUCCCCAAAUGGAGAACGGAAUCCCUGCUGUCCAACACCACCCUCCGCUCCUUCGUGGCGGGCAGCUUCACGGGGGUGUGCUCCACACUGCUGUUCCAGCCGCUGGAUCUCAUCAAGACCCGCAUCCAGGCCAAUCUGGUGUCACGUACGCCGGAGAAGGCCUUGUCCAUUAAAGUCGUACCCAUAGUGCGGCAGAUCCUGCGGGAAGAGAGCGUUGUGGGACUGUGGCGGGGAACCGUUCCUUCGCUUCUACGUACCGUUCCGGGAGUGGGAAUUUAUUUCUCGUCCAUACACUUCCUGCAGCAGCAGGCAGGACCCGAUUGUGGAUCGACAUGCUUCAUUGUGAUCGGGAUAUUAGGCCGGUUUAUUGCAUCGCUCUCAGUAUUGCCCUUCACUGUUAUCAAAGCCCGCUAUGAGAGUGGAUUGUUUCGCUACGGAUCAGUGCUAGGCGCACUGCGAAGCACAGCAGCACAGGAAGGUAUCAAGUCUUUGUACAGCGGUUUUGUUCCUACACUGCUGCGGGAUGCCCCUUUCUCGGGAAUUUAUUUGAUGUUCUAUGAACUAAUUAAAAGCAGUUUAAGAAAACAAUUCCCAGAUUAUCCGUACACUCCCGUGAUGCAUUUCGGCAGCGGCCUGACCGCCGGCCUUUUAGCCUCCAUCGUCACGCAUCCCUUUGACGUGAUCAAAACCCACGUCCAGUUGUCCUCGCAGGCCGAGAAGCGGACGCUGGUAUACACCGCCAGCAAUAUCUGGCGAAGUCGCGGGCUAACGGGCUACUUUGCCGGAUUAGUUCCCCGCAUAGCGCGGCGCACCCUGAUGACGGCCACCAGCUGGACGGUCUAUGAGCAGGUGAUCAGGUCGGUGGGGCUGGUGGAGGGAGCGCGGCGAGCGUAAAUGACGGUGAUUGUUGGGCGUGGGGAAAUUGUGUCGGUACUCUUUGUGUGAAUUAACAUCACCAUUUUGUGCCUUUUACUUUUAUUGUGUUUCGUAUGGAUAACAGCGCUGGUAUGUGUUGAUAACAGUUGGCGUUUGAACUGCAUCAACUGAUGGUGAAUGGAUUGCCAUUGUCUGUGAUCUAUUUGGGUGUGUUGGACACAGUGUGCUGAUAUACUAAUUUGUAAAUAAAAUUUGGAAAUUAUUCCAGGAAUUCGUGGCUGAUUAGAUAGUAUGUACACGUCAUUAGACUCGGGUUUUGUACGAGUACGUACUUGUACAACCUGAACUGAAGAUCAGUAUUAAAUAAUUAUGUAGUAUAAUGAUUGGUGAGGAAUUAACAGCAAGCGAUAACAAAAAUUUGAACGUUUAAACAGUGUAAGGAAACAUUGUACGUGCAGUUCGUACCUGUACCAGAUAAGACAGUUCGCCAAUCGUUACUGAUUCGUUAGCAUACGGUAUAUAAUACAUCGUAAAAUCGGCGCUGAUACAGUCUGUAGACUCUGUACAACGCAUGUUUACUAAAGUUGUCGUGCACAUCAUAAACAACCCAAUUUAAGGUUGUUGUUGGCACUUGUAGCAAUAACUUGAAUCUGAUGCAUCUUUUCAUCAGUACCCAAUACCUUAUUGCACGUGUGUAGUUGGAUUUGAUUUUUAUGUAGGCCUCCAAUGGACAAGUUUCUUGACUUCUCCCUUAUCUUAAGCAAACGCAGCUCUCUGUGAAACAGUAAUACACGAAGACUGAUUCCCAGAAAGGGGCUGUUUGAUCUAAACCUUCGGAGUCUGGAUUGAGUCUCCAUACCGUUAAGCAAAUCUUUUGCUAUGCUGCUAAUUCCGUUGACUAUCUUUUUGUUUGCCAUAAUAUUGGUCACCGCGCCCAUCAGUGUAAAUGCUCUUGACGAUAUCAAUCCCGCGGUAGCCCCGGUGGAAAUCAACGCCAUUUACGAUGACGCAAUGGGACCACGCUCCGUCACCAUACCCUGCUUCGCCAGCGAGACCCUCGUCAAGCCCAAGAUUGCGACAGUGAAACUGCUCUUCAGCGGCAAACGGCUUAUUCUCAGUUCGUACGAGGAUGACCUGCAGAAGAACGCCUCGUCGGUGUGGACGGUAGCGAAUGGUCACCGCCGAUUGGUGCAUGCUCUGGGCGAGCCGGGUCAGACCGUGAACAUAACAGCUAGCACCUUCGAUUUAAUCGAAGAAAACAACGGAUAUUAUGCGUGUAUGAUCUCGACACCGGAACAUCACUAUCGUACCAUGUGGCUGAUGAAUGUUGUGCGACAUCGGGAAGCGACGACUUUAUCGGCCGCCAGUCCUACUGCAACGAAUAAAGCAUCGACGACGGAAGCGAGCGGAGUUACCGUAAAAUCUCAGAACAAAGAGAAAACGGUGGGCGCAACGCUCCAACCGCCUAUCGAACUGACUGCGUUAAUGCCGGGAACAGCUGAUCGGGAAAAGUCGGAAGAAAACAGCUUGUCAUUCGGCAACGGAGUAAUGCUGGGAAUAGCGGCGCUAAUGUUAGUGAUUCUCGUUGCUGUUAUCGUGUCGGUAGUGCUGAUGAAACUCAAAUGCCAUCUCAAGUCCAAUUUGUGGUCGCUAUCGACAGCGCGAUACUCCAAAACCGUUACCAAUGAUCCUGACAGUCAAGAGAUUAAUAAGCUAACCAAUGAAUCUUGCGAAUUAGCUUGAAAAGGGUGUUAUCUGCAGUAUGAAUGCAGCAUGUAUCUGUACAAAAAUAUGUGCACAAAGUUCUAUAAAUACGUACAACAGUA